GUCAGGGGAGGCGGCAGCUCCAGAGAUGGCAGAGAGCGAGAGGAGGGGGCUCGGCUGCUGGAACCCCGCGGAGUGGGGGCAGCGGCUCCUUCUGCUGCUGUUGGUGGGCAGCUGUUCGGGGCGUAUCCACCGGCUGGCGCUGACGGGGGAGAAGCGAGCUGACAUCCAACUCAAUAGCUUCGGCUUCUACAUCAAUGGUUCCCUGGAAGUGGAGUUGAGUCUCUUGCGGCUGAGCCCCCAGGAGACAGAAGAAGAGAAGUCGCCAUUGGUGGGGUUCAGUCUGAGCCGGGUUCGGUCUGGCAGCGUCCGGUCCUACUCGGCCCAGGAUUCCCAUGAAUGCCCACUCCAGAGAAACAGUAGCAACCUCAUGGUCCUGUUCCUCAUCAACACCAAGGAUCUGCAGGUCCAGGUGCGGAAAUACGGGGCACAGGAGAAGCUGUUCGUCUCUGCCGGGCUCCUCCCCAAAGCGCCUCCCAAACCUGGGCUCCCGAAGGCGGAGCACACCGAUGCUCCCGAGGUGGACAGCGGAAACUCCACAGCUGUCAAAGCCAAGGCUAAACCUGCGGGUUCUCAGGGGACCACUGAGAAGAACAAGGACCUGGUGUUGGACCUGGGCCACCUCAAUGACUCCUACAACUUCAGUUUCCACGUGGUGAUUGGUUCCAGGGCCGAGGAAGGCCAGUACAGCCUCAGCUUCCACAACUGCUACAACCUGAUGCCCGGCCGGGAACGUCCCUUCGACCUCACAGUGUUGAUCCAGGAGAAGAACCCCGAGGGCUACCUGUCCGCAGCGGAGAUUCCCCUCUUCAAGCUCUACCUGACCAUGUCCGCCUGCUUCCUGGCUGCCGGCAUCUUCUGGGUGAACGUGCUCUGCAGGAACACGUACAACGUCUUCAAGAUCCACUGGCUCAUGGCGGCCCUGGCCUUCACCAAGAGCAUCUCACUCCUCUUCCACAGCAUCAACUACUACUUCAUCAACAGCCAGGGACACCCCAUCGAAGGCCUCGCUGUCAUGCACUACAUCACGCACCUGCUGAAGGGCGCGCUCCUGUUCAUCACCAUCGCCCUGAUCGGCUCAGGCUGGGCCUUCGUCAAGUACGUCCUGUCCGACAAGGAGAAGAAGAUUUUCGGGAUUGUGAUUCCCCUGCAGGUCCUGGCCAACGUGGCCUACAUCGUCAUUGAGUCCCGGGAAGAGGGCGCCAGCGACUAUGGGCUUUGGAAGGAGAUCCUGUUCCUGGUGGACCUCAUAUGCUGCGGUGCCAUCCUCUUCCCGGUUGUCUGGUCCAUCCGGCAUCUCCAGGACGCCUCUGGCACAGAUGGGAAGGUGGCGGUGAACCUGGCCAAGCUGAAGUUGUUCCGUCAUUACUACGUCAUGGUCAUCUGCUACGUCUACUUCACACGCAUCAUCGCCAUCCUGCUGCGCGUGGCUGUGCCCUUCCAGUGGCAGUGGCUGUACCAGCUCUUGGUGGAGGGCUCCACGCUCGCCUUCUUUGUGCUCACCGGCUACAAGUUCCAGCCCACCAGGAACAACCCGUACCUGCAGCUGCCCCAGGAGGAUGAGGAGGACGUACAGAUGGAGCAAGUGAUGACCGACUCUGGGUUCCGGGAAGGCCUCUCCAAAGUCAACAAAACAGCCAGUGGACGAGAGCAGUUGUGAUCAUUACCACUUCUAAGCCCAGCCGUCCUGUCCUCCUGUCUCCUGCACCAGCCCAGAGCGAGUUGGCAGGAGCCUGUGGGGAUGAGUUGCCCGUCUUCCCAGGAGGAGCCCAAUCAGAAGAUACUCGAAGCCCCAAGGCCUAGGCAGCCCUGUUCUGCCUGCAGGACCACCCCGCACUUUCUGCUGUAUAAUAACGACCGAUCUGUUUUUGCUAUCUGGGUUUCUUGCUUUUCUGGGGUUGAGGUCCAAGGUGGAGGUUCUGUUUGCAGUCUAGAAAUCUAUAUUCACGGCUGGGGCAUCCAGCGUCCAUGCAUUACACAUUCAUUAAAUACUUGUUGGGCAACUAAAGCCUGCUAGGCUCUAUGCCAGGGACUGGGGACAGCAGUGACCAGGCCUGCGUCCCAGCCCUCCAGGGACUCAGUCCUUGGGGGUGGGGGUCAGGGAGAACUGCGUGUUGCCAGGCAACGCUGUCACUGUGCCCUCGUCAGUGGAAAGGUCAGGGAAAGAAGAGACGUGGAGAAUGAACGCACGCCCAGAAGAGGGAACGGCACACCUGUCAUCCCAGCACUUGGAGGCUGAGGCAGGAGGAUGCGAAGUUUAGC